AUGGCGAAACCUAAUUUCCAGCACCCGUUCAUCCGGGAUCUGAGGAGGGGACCCACCGCAGAGCGCUUCAAGGAGGUCGUGGAAACCCCGUUUGGGUCACACCAUUGCUGGUCCAAACGGGAGUUUCGGCGAUUGCACUGCUACGAGCAGCUCUCCGCCGCGGUCGCCAACACAGCCUGGCGCCGUGUGCUCCAGCUCUGCGAGAAGGUCUACUACGAGCCGGUGUGGGAGUUCUACACGACCUUCAAGCACAAUACCACGGACAACUGGCAGGACGGUACGGCCGUCCAAUUCAGGCUGGGUGGGGUCCCCCGGUCCUUGAGCUACCACGAGCUGGCCGAGGCUCUCGACCUCGACCUCGACGACCGUGAGGACUACGUCACCGAGGUGAAUGAGCCACCGGAGGUGGACUUCGGGAGGCUGUACACCAGCCUGGCUCGGCCAGGCCAGACGCGUCCCUUCCGGUCAGGGAGGACGAAGGCCUCUACCCUGCAGAUCGACAACCGACUUCUCCACCACCUGCUGGCGAAGUCUUACACUCCUGCAGCUGACAGCGCCGGCGCCAUCACGAAGAGGCCCCUGUACUUCCUCCAUUCGAUCCGCCAGCGCCGCCAUCCUCUCCACCUGGGUUCAGUGGUGGCCAAGACCUUCGAGAAGACGGCCACAGAGCUGAAGAGCCUCCACUGCGCCCCCCUCAUCACUCGCCUGGCCACCUUCUUUGGCCUUUCACUGCAGGGGUGCACCGAGGAGGGGGACACCCUCAUCUUUGGCAGCACGACGAUCAGGAAGAUGCUGCUGUUGCGGGAGAGGAACGGUGUUCAAUGGGUCGAUGGGUUUCCGGAGCCUCCGAUCCCCGCGGAGCCCGUACCAGAGGAGGAGGAGGCUGCCGAUGAGGUGGAUCCCGAGGAGGUGGGUGCUGCUGCUGAUGCUGCUGAUAAUCCCCCACAGACUGACUUCCAUUUCGGGGGUAGCAGCUCCGCUUUCCAGGGCCAGGAUUACUUCGCCCAGCAGUUCGAGCAGCUGAGGAUCCAGAACCAGCUGCUCCUCGAUCAGCAGAUGCAGUUCCAUCAGCAGUAUGCGGCCGACCAGGCCGAGUACCGGACCAGGAUGGAUGCUUAUGACGAGCGGCUGAACACGAUCCAGACUCAGCAGGGCGUGACUCUUGCCCACAUCGAGCGGGAGAAGCGCCGUUCCCGGCGCAUGCAGGAGGUCCAGCAGCACCUGCUCCAGCUGCUCCCGGGCGAGCCACCUGUCUGGAGGACUCCCUGGGAUGACUCCCCUCCACAUGACGGUGCUACUGGCGCUGCGGAUGAUGACGCAUUCAUGAACGACAUCGACCUCAACGAUCUUGGCGACGACAUUGUCCACUCUCCCGUUCGUUUCUCGCUGACUGGUCCACUUCCAGUCCCCCAGCAGUGUUCCUACCCGUGCUUGGAGCCUAGUCCGCUGUCCGAAUCUUACGAUUUGAGGGCUCCAAGACAACCUAUGAUGAGGACUGAGAUGUGCAGUAGAACGAUGGUAUCAGAAUGUGAGAUAGAGCAUAUAGCAUUUAGAGGCUGCCAUCAUGGUGAAGAGAUGAUAGGGAUUGAGAGAAAUAGCAUGCGCAUCUUUCGCAUCAAAUUGUCCUGA